GGUUUUGUCUCUCCUAUUAAGCGGCUGGUCUGGUCAAAAGCUGGUCGCAGGCCGGUGGAUCGAGGCAGCGUUUACCGCCGCCGACUGCACACCGUCCCUCUCUACCCUCCGGACUACCUCAUUCAUCCUGAGAGACUUAUCUUUGACUACGUGGAGAAGGAGGUCAAGUUCCUUGGUCACCUGACGUGGGUGUCGGUUUCACUGAACCCCUCCAGCAGAGACGAGCUGCUUCAACUACUGGACACGGCCAGG